AGAGCGAUAGGCACUCGUCGUAUUGUCAUUGUCGGCAGCGUCGGCUUGUCUGGACGUUGCGCCAGAUGCGUCACAGGAUUGUGAGGCCCAAGGUCGUUGAAGCAUAUACCGCCACGUCCUAGCAUCCGACAAGCAAAGACCGUAACACUAAGCUUCCUGUAUAAGUGUGACGACGAGCAGCGAUCAGAAAAGUCAACAUCACCUCACGUCCUGUCUACCGCACCGACCACAGCACGGCUAGUGAAGGAAAUGGACACGCCUGCGAACCGGAAGCGCCCGGCUGACUGUCCAGGAUCUGGUGCGGUAUCCGGAGUCAUCGACCUGACCAACGAAGGCGACCCACAGACUCCGACGUUGCUCGUCCCGCUAGCGAAGCAACCACGGGUCGAUUCCGUCACUGUGACUGAACAAUCACCAAAACGCUUUUCUGCGACUCCGCCCGCAACCCUUCCACCAGCCGCUUUAGCAUCCGGCAUCAGUCCAAGCACAGAUGCACCUUGGCCAAUCGUGCCGAGCACACCACUCUCGCGUCGCUCUGUAGAGGGCGACCGGAUUGAAGAGUCACUGCACAAGAUCCCGGAGCUUGCUAAGCGCUACGUGCCGGCGACUCUGAUGCCGGACGGUACUUUGUAUAUCAGUCCUAAGAAGUUCUCGGUCAAACCACCAUACUGGCAGCGCUGGACAGGUCAAAUGUAUGAAUGCUUCGGGGAAUACCUUCGCUCGCAGAUCGAUCUGAAACCGUUCGCCCAAGCGAACAAACUGCCGCUAGAAGAGGUUAUGCAUGUCUUCACAUCCUUGGUUGUGAACCCCAUGCGUGACGCGAAAGAAGCGACUAAACGUGGGGAAGAGGGGAUGCAGGAAAUCAUCGAUAUGGCAAAUAAAUAUGGAACUCGAUCACGUCGCUGGGGCCGGCCAAUUUCCUCGACUGAUCCAAGAAGACUGACCGGUGAACUAACUCAUGUGGAAAAAGGUGCAGUUGUGCUCAACUGCACAAAUGGGAACAAGCGAAGGGUGAAGGUCGACGACCUAGUGGAGGAGGACAUUGAAUACCUUAGAAAGGUGCUUCUUAAGGGGCAUUGGCAACUUUUAUGGCAUGAACACGCAGCAGAUGAGUCUGUCCGGGCACAGGAAGCGGAGGGCAGUAUCGCGGACAUGUCAUAGAGAGCAGCGGAGCCUGCGUCGACUUUGUAUGCGAAACCAUGAGAAAGAAGGUAGUUUAGGCGGUCUCAGAAACUGUGGUACCGGCGGAAUAGCGGUUGUCGUGGACGGAUUGGGUAACUUUUGGCCUCAGGCCAGCUUUCUGUUGCUGAGGGGGCCGGCUUUUAGGUGCCAUUGCUCCGAGACAGACGAAGAGUAGGGUGCUGCAUCUUGUCGGCCAUCCGUCUCACACAUUCCUCUUCAACAAACGAACCAUAGGUCAGAAGUCGGCUUUGAAGGCGAGAUGGCAGCUCCAGCAC